GACAGCUACCCUCAGACUGGUCCUGACACACGUUGGCGCAUAGUAGGAAGAGAAAAAUGUCGACCGUCCUCUACUUAAGUAAAUGUUGAUUUCAUACUUUCUUAGCUAUGGCGAACCAUUAACGUCGACGGCCUUCCCAGUUGGAUACUAUAAACUUUAGAGGGGGGAGAAACAAUGUCGGCGAGCGGGUGUUUGUCUUUAUUUUCUCGCCUUCGUCACAAUGUCAACACUAGAACAGCUCGCAUGGUCACUACGAGUUGUCGGGCAGCUUCGGGUCCCGUUUCAUUGAAUAGGGAGCAGCCGGUGUGCAGUGUGGUUUGCAAAAGGAAUUGUUCUUCAUCUUCUAAACCUCCGGACACGUCUCUUUUUGUCCCGCUCACGCUGAAGAUGGACCUGUCGCCUGAAGGGACUGUGGGUGCAGAGCUGACCCAGCCUUUGGAUAAAAGUGAGCUUUUAAAAAUUGCAAAUCGGUUUUACAAGAGGAAAGAGAUGCAGAAACUGGCUGCGGAUAACGGACUGGAUGCACGACUCUUCCACCAGGCCUUUAUUAACUUCAGGAAAUAUAUCCUAGAAGUGACAUCACUACCCGCUGACCUGCACAUCAUCCUCAGUGACAUUUGCUGCGGAGCAGGUCAUAUAGAUGACAUCUACCCGUACUUCAUGCGACACGCCAAGCAGAUCUUUCCCAUGCUCGACUGUAUGGACGACCUGAGGAAGAUCUCUGACCUUAGAGUUCCUGCUAACUGGUACCCGGAGGCCCGCGCCAUCCAGAGGAAGGUGAUCUUCCACGCUGGACCCACCAACAGCGGCAAAACCUACAACGCCAUCCAACGCUACCUGGCCGCAAAGUCGGGGGUCUACUGCGGACCCCUCAAACUUCUUGCCCACGAAAUCUUUGAAAAGACCAACCAAGCUGAUGUACCAUGUGACUUGGUCACUGGCGAGGAGAGGACGUUUGUGGACGCGGAGGGUCGAGUGUCUGGUCAUGUGGCCUGCACCAUCGAGAUGUGCAGCGUCACAACACCAUAUGAAGUGGCCGUGAUCGAUGAAAUUCAAAUGAUCAGAGAUCCUUCCCGAGGCUGGGCCUGGACCAGAGCUCUGCUGGGUCUCUGUGCGGAAGAGAUUCACGUGUGUGGUGAACCUGCAGCCAUUGAGUUUGUCAGAGAGCUGAUGUUCACCACUGGAGAGGAGGUGGAGGUCCAUACAUACCAACGUCUAACUCCGUUCUCCAUCCUGGAUAGCGCAGUGGAGUCUCUAGACAACCUGAGAGCAGGGGAUUGCAUCGUGUGCUUCAGUAAAAAUGACAUCUACUCCAUAAGCAGGCAGAUUGAAGCAAAGGGGUUGGAAUGUGCUGUCAUCUACGGAAGUUUACCGCCAGGCACCAAACUCUCUCAGGCCAAGAAGUUCAACGACCCCGACGACCCGUGCAAAAUCCUGGUGGCAACAGAUGCUAUUGGGAUGGGCCUUAAUUUGAGCAUAAAACGCAUCAUCUUCAACAGUCUAGUAAAGCCGAACGUCAAUGAAAAAGGGGAGAAGCAUAUGGAGACCAUCAGUACGUCGCAGGCUCUCCAGAUCGCUGGGAGAGCAGGAAGGUUCUCCUCCAAGUUCAAAGAGGGAGAGGUAACCACCAUGCACCGAGAUGAUCUUCCAGUCCUAAAGGAUAUAUUAAGUCACACUGUGGAACCCAUUGAGACUGCAGGUCUUCAUCCCACCGCAGAGCAGAUUGAGAUGUUUGCUUACCAUUUACCCGAGGCUACCCUCUCUAACCUCAUUGACAUUUUUGUCAGCCUCUCCCAGGUGGACGGGCUCUAUUUUGUCUGCAACAUCGACGACUUUAAGUUCCUGGCUGACAUGAUUCAGCACAUCCCGCUCAACCUUAGGUCACGCUACGUUUUCUGCACGGCUCCCAUCAAUAAGAAGCAGCCUUUUGUAUGCACUUCUUUCUUAAAGUUCGCCCGUCAGUUCAGCCGAGACGAACCCUUGACCUUUGACUGGAUCUGUCGGCAUGUCAACUGGCCUCUGAGCCCACCCAAAAACAUAAAAGACCUGGUUCACCUGGAGGCUGUUCACGACGUGUUGGACCUUUACCUUUGGUUAAGUUACCGUUUCAUGGACAUGUUUCCUGACACUGCCUUUGUGCGGGAAAUCCAACGAGAACUGGACACCACCAUCCAAGAGGGCGUCCGGAACAUCACGCGCCUCAUCCGAGCCACAGACCCGGCCAUCACCGGCCCACUCCAGGCGCAGAGAAACGGUAUUCAAACGAGCGCCUCCGGUAGUCAAUCGUCAGGAAUCGCAAGGAGUCUGAGCGCUUCAAGAGCCUCGAAACAGACCGCAGAUAGGUCGCUAUCUAACCGCCUAGUGCGAGACGGACUUUUGACGUCUGAGAUGCUGCAGCAGCUGCAGAGCGAGUGGUCUAAAGAACAGAGGAAAGAGUCCAGCAUUCAGAGUGCCGUCAAUGGUAAAUAUCAGAGUAACGGCAAUAAGAGGAAGAAGAGGAAAUGAACCAUCACGUAAGAAGAAACCGCCGGACUGUGGUGGACCAACCACCUCACAAUGUGUAUCGUUCGGUUAACCCCCCAAACCGAUCAAUGAAGAAAAAUCAUUUCAUGGUCACAAUAUAGUAUUUAGAAUAAAGUCACUUAACUGAGAUGUUUGUAUUUUAUAUUCAAAUAAAUAUAGAAAUAAAAAAACAUUUCUAGCA